UAUAUAUAUACAUGAAAAUAUGUUUAUACUGAGCAGCUCUGGAACAUCGAGUGGUGAGCCAAAGCUCAUUCCUUAUACCAAAGAUGAAUCCGAUCGUCGUCUUCGUCUUUGCAGUCUUAUCACUCCUAUUUUAAAUUUGCACGUCAACGGACUCGACAAAGGAAAAACACUUAUGUUCAUGUAUACAAAGCCCGAAAUAAAAACCAAGGGCGGGAUUAUUGCACGAACCACCGCGACAAGCUUGUUCAAAACGAAUCUUUUCAAAACCCGGCCCUAUAACUCUAGCAACAAUGUUCACACAAGCCCCAUCGAAGCCAUUCUAUGUGGGGACCCAUUCCAAAGCACCUACACUCAAAUGUUGUGCGGACUUUAUGAGCGCGAACGGAUCCUCCGUGUAGGAACGUCGUUCGCCUACGGCCUAAUCCGGAUAAUCAAGUUUCUCAAGAACCACUGGCGAGAAUUGACCCACGAUAUCCGAACCGGGUCGCUCCAUCCGAAAGUGUCCGACCCGUCGAUCCGCGGAUGCAUGACCCGUGUAAUCCGGCCCGACCCGGAUUUGGCGGACUUGAUCGCCCGGGAGUGCGCGGACGACAAUUGUGAGGGAAUUAUCAAGAGAAUUUGGCCGAACACGAAGUUUCUCGACGUGAUUGUCACGGGAAAUAUGUCUCGAUACAUCCCGACUCUCGAUUACUAUAGCGGUGGGUUGCCUAAAGCGUCCACGAUCUACGCGUCCUCGGAAUGCUACUUCGGGCUCAAUCUGGAUCCCGUGUCCGAUGGAGCAUCCGAGAUUUCGUACACCCUCAUGCCAAACAUGGCCUAUUUCGAGUUCCUGCCACUCGUCGUCCGCGAUCAACGGGAAGUACUCGUUGACCUAGUGGAUGUUGAAAUUGGCAAGGAAUACGAGGUGGUGAUCACCACAUUUGCCGGUUUGUAUCGAUAUCGGGGAGGUGACAUCCUCCAAGUCACCGGAUUCCAUAAUUCGGCGCCAAAAUUCAAAAUCAUCGGGCGGAAAAACGUGGUGCUCAAUAUCGACUGGGAGAAGACAAGCGAGGUUGAACUGCAAGCAGCAGUUGAGAGUGCAUCUCAACUGCUCCAAGAAUUCAACACGAGUGUGGUUGAGUACACGAGCUUUGCGGACACGACAAAGAUCCCGGGACACUACGUGAUAUAUUGGGAAUUACUAUUACCGACGAAGGGCUAUUCGGUCAAUUUACCUAGCGACGGGGUCGUUCUAGAAAAUUGUUGUCUAGCCAUGGAGGAGUCGCUCAAUCCGAUGUACCGGCUACUACGGGUUGAAGGCUCGAUCGGACCGUUGGAGAUUCGAUUAGUGAAAAGUGGUACAUUUGAAGAGGUUAUGAACCAUGCAAUCUCUAGGCCGGGUGCUUCCAUUAGUCAAUACAAGGUGCCUAGGUGUGUUAGCUCUAAACCAAUAGUGGAACUUCUUGACUCGCGAGUUGUGUCGACUCAUCUGAGUCCAUCAUUGCCGAAAUGGAACUCGGAAUUCGUAAAGUUUUGAAGUUUAAGUAUUUGGUUUUCUUUAAGAAAAUAAAUAAAUUGUAAUAAAGUGAUCGUUAGAUGAUAUAGCAAAUAUCUCUUGAACUAUCUAUCCCAAGUAAAAUAAUAAGAUUACCACAUGUUUCUUUUUUAAUAAAACCUUUAUUUAUUUUAAUUUUCUUCUAAUUCGAGUUUGUUGUGAAUAAAUAGGAUAAAAUAGCACUUAUGCCCCUGUGGUUUGACAUUUUUGCACAUGAUCCCCUUAUACUUUAAUAUGAGCACAUAAUCAUCUGCUUGUAUUAAUUUUUUUGUCUUACUAAUUAGCAUGAUUAUUUGUCAAAUGGAAUGCCAACAAGGGUGUUAUGUGCGUAUAUUAAAAGUAUAAGGGGAUCACGUGUGAAAAGAUGAAACCACACGGGGCUUAAAUGUUAUUUACCGUAAUAAAUAUUUAUAAUUAUAGAUAGACCCCCUAAAAAAUUGGGGUCUGCCUAUUGGGCCAGCUUUAAAAAGAGUAGCCCACGUACAAGCCGGAUAAACAAAUUCACAGGCCUUCAAUUUAUUUUCCUUUUCUUUUUUCUUUUUUC